CACUUCGUAGGGAGGAGGUUGUGAUUUGGGACUGAGCCACAGCAAUUGGUCCUGCAUUAUGAGGGAGUUGUAGCUAUGUGUUGUAAUGGUCAAACUGGCGGCGCUCUGAGAGAGAGAGUCAGUCAGUCAGUCUGCUGGGCUGUAUCGGGGAGGAUGUUGAGUGGAUGGUUUUUAUUUAUCAGAAACAGGAGCUGCAGAAUGCCUGAAGUCCCGGUCUGGCGCGGCUCUGUAUCGCUGUAGUGUGGUUGAGUAGUUUCAGCGCUGAAGCUCCGGUAAUGCCAUAAUGCGUCUCCCGGCUCUCAGCAGGUCCGUGGCGGCGCUGAUCUGCCUUUUAGGAUGCGAAAUCUGGAAAGGAGUGACUUCAGCUUUUAGAGAAGACAGUGAUGCCAAAGAAGUGGCGUUGAAGGUUCACCUGAGUGAUGCCACCACUCACCAGCCCCUCUCUGCUGUGAGCGUGGAGAUCUUCGCCAACCACACCUCCGUCGCCAGAGAGCUCUCCACCGCUGAUGGCAACGCAUUUGUCAGGUUCCACUAUCGCCUGGGCGACCUGCUUGUAAUCACAGCGACCAGGCGUGGCUACGUGCCAAACUCCGCCCCAUGGCGACCAAACAGGAUGCCUGUCUUUUCAUCUCUCAGCUUGGAUCUUCUCCCUGAGAGAGCUGCUACUCUGAUGGUGUAUGAUGACGUCAUUCAAAUCGUCUCUGGAUACCAAGGAUCAAGGCUCCAGCCGUGGGUUCAGUUCCAGAGGAGAGCACUGAGUCUUCCUCCAAAUGCCACCUACACCAACCUGACCUCGUUUCUUACUGUGAGCCACUCAGGACAAGACACUCAGCACUUCCCCUACCUGCAGGGCCUCCGCUCCAACAGCACAGGCAGUGACCAUAGGUUUGAGCUGACCCCUGUAGCUGCAAUCAGCGUUCAUCUUCUGGGAAGCGACGGGACGGAGCUUCAAGUCAGUGAGCCAAUCAGCGUGAGCAUUCCUCUGCCUGCCAAUAGCGGCCUGAAGGAGAAUGACCACAUACCCGCCUGGAGGUUCGAUCCCAAACUCGGGGCCUGGUUGAAGAGCAGUCUGGGAUACGUGCAGAGAGAAGGAAGUGAGCUCAUCCUCACAUACAUCGCCCCUCAGCUGGGAUACUGGGUAGCAGCCAUGUCUCCUGUAAAUACAGGUCCUGUGGUUGCAAAAGACAUCAGCACUUAUCACACUGUGUUCCUGCUGGCCAUACUGGGGGGCAUGGCCUUAAUCCUGCUAUUUCUCCUCUGUCUUCUGCUGUAUUACUGCAGAAGGAAAUGUGCACGCUCUCGUAGAGCCCACCAGAAGUUCACACUGUCCUCAACACUAGACAGCUCCAAACGGGACCAGGCAACAUCCAUGUCUCACCUCAAUCUCAUCAGCGAGACUCCCCUGGAUCAUGUAGGAGCAGAGCCAGACCUGCACACACCUAUGCUGAAGCCCCGCCCCUACGACUCAUCCAUCAACGAAAUUACAAUAUCUCAGGACGAGUUACGGAGCCGCGGUUCCAACGGGAACGCCUACCGACGCUCAGCCGAGACGUUCGCACUCAAAUCAGCCUCUGAGGGCUAUGACUCCCCAGCAGCGCGCGGUGAAUACCGACGUAGCUACACCUCCAUCGUCUCUUCAUCUGUCCAUCCCCUCCAGACAUCCGUUUCUUCCUCAUCCCCUCAUCAUUUGCACCUCACAGCAUCAGCUGGCCGCUUAUCCUCAGAAAGUAAGGCUAGCAUGCGUCAUCCCCGCCUCUCUCCUGUCUCAGCUACGCCCAUAGCAAUGGGAACACCUGUGGCCAUGCCCACAAGCCCCGCCCUUUCCCCAGAGAGAGAGCUGUGUAUGAUGGAACGCCGGCCAGCUGACUACUUACUCUCGCGGUCGGUGGACAAUCUGGAGCGGCCCACUGCUUUUCCACGCCCCGGAGCUCUGCUCUGUUGUACCUCGGAGCUCCAGGUAAGCCAGGGUGGAGCUACCUAUCAAAAAGCCCGGCCCACCCUGCUAAUUCCCGCCCACUACAUGCGACUGCCUGGGACCCACCCCUGGUCAGGCCAGGCACUUCUACUCCAAUCAGAUGAACAGAGCGAGCUGGAGAGCAUCCGGGCAGAACUCAACGCAUCCCAUCAGUCCAAAGGAGAGGCAGUAAAAGGGGACAAAGAGGGAGGAGCUCUGGAGGAGGAGAAAGAGAGGUCAGGAGGGGAUGGGGAGGGGCCUAGGCCAGCAGAAGAGUGGACUUUACAAACUGCAGCUCUGCCCGAAGCUUUAUCCAUUCCCAACUCGCUAAGUCAGGCAGGGCUAGGGGUGGUGCAGAUGAAUGGUGAGGACCAGCUAUUGGCUGAAAAGACACUAAUGGAGCUGAGGGGCGGGAAGCCCCUCCCACACCCACGAGCCUGGUUUGUGUCACUGGAUGGCCGCUCAAACGCCGACAUCCGCCACUCUUACAUUGAUCUGCAGAAGGCAAGCCACAAUGCUAGUGUUGCAGGGAGCAACGACGCUAGCCUGGACUCGGGCGUAGACAUGAGCGAUCUCACGCCAGGCCGCAAGGGCAGAGGUCAAGAACGAGCCCGGCCUACAUUGCCCACUUUGGAAUACACACAGCUGGUGUUUGUGGAGAGUUCUAAAACUAAUGAUGAUGCUAAUGAUAAUGCUAACGCUAAUGCCAAAGUCAUCCCCACUCCAGUUUGCAGUCCAGAGGAAAACUCGCUCAACCUCUUGCUAUCUGAGAGCGCAGGACCCGAAUCACAAGAAGAGACUUUAACACUUUCAUCGCCAACCCCAUUGCUGCCUUCUCCUCCGCUGCCCUCACCUCCUCCCCUCCCUGAGCCCAUGGUGGAGGAGGUAGAGGAGCUGGAGGAGAGAGGAGACGAAGAGCUGAUCCUCAGAACUGAACACAAGAACGACCUUGCUGCCCCUGAUGACAACGGUGAGGACGAAAAUAAAAAGAGCCCUUGGCAGAGGCGCGAGGAGCGACCCCUGCUAUCCUUUAUGAAAUGACCCCCCAGGCAUUAAACUCAGCAAUUUUGGUCGUGUUCAAAUGACAGGAAUUGCCUUUAAAGUGAUAGUUUGGCAAAGUUAAAACAUAUGCAAAUUAUUUUUCUUCAUCCCACAUAUAAUGAGUUCCAAAAAAUAUCCCACUGAAUUAGCCAAAAUUUCUUUAUUCAUUUUGUUCUUGAGCAUAUAUAAUAAAGUCCCAGUUCUGCUAUUUUCCUAAUCGGACUCCACAGCAGACCCAGGAUGUUCUUUGUUAGCAAGUUAAAUCAGCAUUAUGUGGGUUCAGAUUGUUACAAUGUUAUAGGAUAUAUUACAGGUCAAGAUGGUCUACAUUUUUGCAGCAGUCCAACUUACAAUACACAGGGAUAAAAGCAAAAAAUUUAACCCAUUUUAGUCCCUCCACUGUCAUACAGUGGCUUAAGGGCUACAUAGUGACUAAUAUGGUCAAUAUGUCCAGUAUUUCUUAUUUUGAGGUUGUUGUAAGAGGGUUUGACUGUUAGUUUACUUGUUAUUUUUCUUGUUUUAGCAGAUCAUGUGCUAAUAAAAAAAAAUACAUUUAAAAAUAUAUAAUUUAUGUUCUUACAUGCAGGGCCAUCAUUGCCAAUUGCCCAAUGCUUAUAGUCACAAAGUGUUAUAUUUUGGCCACCAUUAAAUGCUAAUUUUUCAUUUUGUCUGAGACAUAUUUAUAUCUGCCUAUGCCUGCUUACAACAAUCAUAAUGAGGAAUAUUGGAGAUAUUGAACUUCAUUUAAGAUGAUUUCACUUGCCAGGAUGUCUUUUUUAGUAGUUUAACAGCACGAUUCUGUUGGAGGCAAGUGAAGGGCUGUUUAAAGCCAGUGAUUACCAGCCUUCACCCUGAAGAUCCACCUUCCCACAGGUUUUACUUUCAGUCCAAAUCUAAUGCACUUCAUUUAGCUAAUUGGGAAAUAACCAGAUUGGUCUGGUGAGGGGUGGGUUAGUGUUAGGAUUGGACUUAAAAUUAAGAUGUGUUGGUGAUCACUGAUUAAGGUAUAUGAUCUGCACAAUGCUAGCAAACUAACUGUUGAUUUAGAAACUACAGAAAAGAAAUUACAGACACUAAAGAUAUCUUGACUAACUGACAGUUUGGGAUGAGCGGGAAAAGUGUGUGAAUAUGAAUUUUUGCCACACUAUCACAUUAAAUACAAGCUUUGGGUUUGCCUAUAUAUAUUUUUUGUACUUCCAAAAGCAGAAGCGCUGAGACUCGAACUGAUACAGAACUGACUCUAAGCAGCGCUUCAAAGUUCACAAUCCAGGAACUUACCCAGGAUGCUUAUGUAUGUAUGAACUGAACUUCAAAAGCAAAAAAGCACUCCUUUUGAACACAUUUAUGCACAACAGCUAUGCCUUUUAUUAUUUUUGUAAAUGAACUGAGCAAAAAAGACCAGUUGUAAGACCAAGUAUAGCUUUAUGAAUUUCUGAUGUAGUUAAUGUGAGCAAUACAAUGCAAUGGUGUGGUUGGCAGCAUAUGGGCACUGCAGUAGGAGAAUUGUAAGUGUGUGCAGCCUUUCCCGUUCUUUACUCCCCAGCUUUUAACUCUUGUGUUAUGUAUUUAAUGAACGGUCUUCCAUGGAAUCUGCUCUGCUCUGGUCUGUUCUGUUUUGUGCAAGACCCUAUUCACCCCUGCUUAUUUCAUGUGAUUUUUGUAUCUGGAUUGUAUUCUGAUGAGAUAUUAACCAUAUGCAUUAAGUGAUCAGCUUUGUAUCUGUUAUGCAAUCUUGAUGUGUUAAAACCUUAAAAAGAGUUAGCAUUAUACGGAUAAAAUCCUGAUACUCAAGAUGCCUAAAGUGGCCAGGUGAAAACAGGGUCUUAGUGUCUCAAUUUCGUUGGUGUUUAUUUGUUUAAUGCAUUAGAAUAUAAAUUUAACACUUACUCAGAGUUUGUGAUUGAUCCAGAUCUAGAGCCAUAUAAUUUGAAGGAGAAAAUAAAGUAAUAAAGCAACUUUCUAUCAUUUAAAAAACAUUUACAUAUUUAUAAAUUCUGAAUACGAACAGUAAAUCAAAGAAAUUGACAAUACUUAUUGUAUUACCCUCUAUACACUCUAAAUCCAACUAUUUGUGGACACUAAUGAACGCAUUCAGCUACUUCAAGUUGCACCCAUUGCUCUUACAGACGUCACACAAGUUGUCCACUACUCAUAGUGAUGUACUGAAGACACUCUAGAGCAGAUAACGGUAAUCCAACUUUAUAUAUAUAUAUAUAUAUAUAUAUAUAUAUAUAUAUAUAUAUAUAUAUAUAUAUAUAUAUAUAUAGUGGAGGGAAAAGUAUCUUACAGUUUAGCAAAUGAUGCAGAUGCUGCACAAUCUUUUCUGUAUUAUUUGACAAUUCUCAAGCGGACAGAUUCUCAGUGUUGUCGUACUGUUACAUUUGUGAACUUGCGGAUGUGCUUCACACAUGCAGGCCCAUAAUGCUCACCACAGUGCCACAGCUAUGCAUUGCGUAAAUACUGACAAUUUGAAAGCUCAAUAUGCCUUUUUCCCCAUUUUAUUCACUGCUCUGUGGUUUAAAAUGCAAUAUUUUAGUGAAUGUUUUAUCCAGCAAACCAAGUUGUUUUUAACUCAUUGCUCGGAUUUGCCUUUAUUUAAGAAUGAAUACAUCAUACACACGCAGCCGUACAUUCUUUUACAUCCCAAAAACAGCUGUUUCUGUCAGAAGUGCCUCAAGCUGAUGUGUCCAUUUCACCACCAUCACUUAUCAGAUUGGAUCUCAUCAGAUCUCACUUCCAUCUGACCAUUAAAGACAUGUAGAGAUAGUUUUCCUGAUGGGGAUUAAGCCUUGCUGUACAUCGUAAUUUCCUUUUAAUGUAAAAGUUCAGUUUAAAUUGCUCUGUAGUCUGAGACUAGGCUUGAUCCCCACAUGGAAAGCUGCCCACUAUUGUUUUUAGCCCCUGAUUACUGUCGCUGUGUGUCUGAAAGAGAGAGUGAGAGAAAGAGAGAUGUGUAUGCUGUAUUGUAUAUGUCUUUAUAUGAGUGUACUUUUCUGGCUGUGUUUGAUCAGGUUUGGGAGUGUUUGUGUGUUUUUUGUGGACGUGCUACACCUGCUGCAGAUGUAGCGGCUGUCUAAGCAAAUGAGACUGUAUAUGAGACUGUACGAAUAUGAAAGUUGUGUUUGAUGGCGUUUCUAACUGUGAGAGAACCACUCUUGAGUCAGUACUGUACAGCACUCUUCAUCAGUCUACUCUGAAUGCUCUGACUGCUUGCUUGUAUUAUAAUUAAGGCUUAAUUAUCCAAUAAAACAUACAAAAAAAUC